CCCCUCUAGUAUAUCCAUGGUCCAAAGCACCCGAAGUGGCUCCUUGUUUGGAAGCCAAAGUAAACACAUGUCUCACACUCUGCUUCCAUCUCAACCUCAGUAUUCAUACUCUUCAACUGCAACCAAAACCUUGAGAAUCCAUACUACAGCCCUCAACCGAACAAAUCUCACAAAUUCUACGCUUCAAACUACAAGGGCAAUGGGUGAAGGCACCCUAAACCCCAUCACCAGUACUCUAGUACACCCUCGAUGGUCUCUCCGGGGAAUGACAGCUCUUGUCACCGGUGGCACUCGUGGAAUUGGGCAUGCGAUUGUGGAGGAAUUGUUGGGCUUGGGUGCUACAGUGCAUACGUGUUCUAGGAAUGAAGCGGAGCUUGAUGGGUGCUUGAAGGAUUGGACUGGGAUGGGGUUCAGAGUAACUGGUUGUGUGUGUGAUGUGUCAUCUCGGGUCGAGAGAGAGAGGCUCAUGGAUAAUGUCUGCGAUGUGUUUGAUGGAAAGCUCAACAUCCUUAUAAAUAAUGUUGGGACAAAUAUAAGGAAACCAGUUGUCGACUUCACAGAAGAAGAUUUUUCUACUUUAAUGGCAACAAAUUUUGAAUCUGUUUUUCACACAAGCCAACUUGCAUAUCCCCUGCUUAAAACAUCUGGAUCAGGAAGCAUUGUGUUUGUUUCAUCUGUCUCUGGUUUUGUAUCACUAAAAUCUAUGUCUGUUCAGGGAGCUACCAAAGGAGCAAUUAAUCAACUUACAAAAAAUUUGGCUUGUGAGUGGGCAAAAGACAAUAUCAGGAGUAAUGCCGUUGCACCUUGGUACAUCAGGACUUCUAUGGUGGAGAAAGUGCUAGGCAACAAAGAAUAUUUGGAAGAGGUAUUUGCUAGAACUCCUCUUUGUCGCCUUGGAGAUCCGGAGGAGGUCUCAUCCCUGGUGGCAUUCCUCUGCCUGCCUGCAUCAUCUUACAUCACAGGCCAGAUCAUUUGUGUCGAUGGUGGGAUGUCUGUGAAUGGUUUCUACCCAAGACAUGACUAGAAGCAGCAAUCUAUCUAUAGCCCACCCCUCCUUUUUUUGCUUGUUGGGGAAUGGUUAUCUGUCAGUCAGGGGAUGAUUUUUGAGUUCAGGAGAAAAGACUUGAACAAGACCAAGUCUGCAGUUCAAGCUCUAUGAGACUCUUAUCAAGUGAGGCAUGAGUAUCUUCCUUCUGUACAUUGUGGUACUGCCAGAUUUCUGAAAUGUGCUGAAAUGUGUUAGAGAAUCAGAGAUUCAUAUGUUUUUGUUAUUCAUAUGGAUUCUGAUCCUCAAAAGUUUUCUUUAGCCUUACAAUGGCUGAGAAGCUGGAUUAUAAUUCCUUCUCUACCUUUUUCCAACCCCAGUUGUAUUAUCAUCCAGUGUUUUGCAAUUGUGAAGCUAAUUUUUCCUACUUUCCUUCAA